GGGCAGGAACCAAGGAGCAGAGGGUACAAAAAUAUCAGGGAAAAACAAGUAGGCAGAGCUGGUAGCCUAGAAGCAUCUAAAGAUUGGAUUGUUAAAGAGGCAGAUAAGGAUAGGAUAGCAAUUAGAUAGGAAGGGUACUAACUCAAGAAUCUACACAGACAAAGAGCUGGUGGCACCUUCACUGAAUGUUAGGUUGAUAAUGUCCCAGCCAUCCAUUAUCUCCACUGAUGAGCUAGGAAGAGGUCUUCUGAUUGGCUUCCUACAAAAAUUAAAAUUACUCCAGUCUGAUUGUUUAAUUUAAAUGAAAAUAUAACCUGAUGUAAGUUAAACUUCUGUGUCCUUUAGUUCUAAGAAGUUUCUUAGUAACAGGUAAAAUUAAUGUUUUGUAUAAUGACCCUUUCAACUAGUUUUCUGUGAUGGCCAGGUUGUAAACUUCUGAGGUAUACAUGCAACUGUUAUCUUUAAAGAAAUGUUGUUCAUUUCUUAACAGGGCACAGACAAAUAAAUGCCCCAGCAUAUGCUAUGUUACAACAUAAUCAGUAGAUACAUGAAAAUAUGACUACCCAGUGCUGUCUGUGUGACAUGUAAUAGGACACGUUUAUCUUAUCUGUCAUUCAGUUAACACACACUUGUAGGUGGCAAAGAGCUUUUUGAUUUUGAACAUUUCAUACAUAUUGAAAUUUACCUAGGAAUAUAUUGUCAACAUUUUUACACUAACAAUUUUGCCAAAGUAGCACACAUACAGCCACUCCCCGACUUACGGCCACCUCCACUUACAACCAUCCACACUUAUGACCAAAACGGUCGUAUAUACAGAUCCAAGUUACGAACAGCGAUCUGCGCUUACAAAUAGCGCGGUCGCCAUGUAACUCUAUGGGAUCCGGGUUACGAACAGUUCGAGUUACAGACCAAGUGUUGGUCUGUAACUCAGAGAGCGGCUGUACUAAAUUUGCUCUUUUAUAGUGCCUUAUCUGUAGUAGCUCCUGAAUUCUAAUUCAGACUGUGCACUGAUUUUUCUGUAAGGCUUUGGGCAAGUCAUUUCAACUAUGUGUCUUGUUACCAUUAUCUAUAAAAUGGAGAUUCUUAACCAUCUGACUAUGAUGUGAGGACUGGUUAAUAUUACUGAAGUCAUAUAAAGAGCAGAUAAAUACAAUUAACCCUAAAUGCAUGUUCUUUGUGUCUUGUGAAUGGAGAGAGGGGAAGGGGUAUAUGUCUGGUGGUGGUGGUGUCAACAUUUGUCACAGGGUUGAAUUUUCAAUUGAAUAUUGAAUUUCAAAUUACUUUAUUUCCCCAGUGAAAAAUUCCCCUCCGCCCAGCAUGUAAAUAGUGUCAAAACUGCAGAAUUUAGCUCACUUUGGUUUUCCAUAUUUGGAGAUGUAUCAAACACUUUAUAAUACUAUGUAUUUCCAUAUAGUAAAACUGAUGCAAAAUAUAUAUAUAGGCAUGUACAACUUAAAACAAUAGCUGACCAUUUCUUCCUUUUGUCAGUCUGACCUGAGGUCAGAGUUCUCAAUAUUUUCCUAUAUUAGUUGAUGACCAUGUGAACACACAGCAAAGCAAGCAGAGGGUAGAACCUUGCCUUACUUUCAUUAAGCUAUUGGUGAUGUCAUCUGCUCUUGAAAGACAACAGAACUUUGAUCUUCGGUCUUUGGUGUUGAAAUGAGCCGUCAGACUGCUACAGCACUACCUACAGGUACUUCAAAGUGUACGCCAUCGCAGAGGGUGCCUGCUCUGACUGGCACAACAGCUUCCAACAAUGACUUGGCAAGUCUUUUUGAGUGUCCUGUGUGUUUUGACUAUGUGCUACCACCUAUUCUUCAGUGUCAGAGUGGCCAUCUUGUUUGUAGCAACUGUCGUCCCAAGCUUACAUGCUGUCCAACUUGCCGAGGUCCACUGGGUUCCAUUCGUAACUUGGCUAUGGAAAAAGUUGCCAAUUCUGUACUGUUCCCAUGUAAAUACGCCUCUUCUGGAUGUGAGAUAACUUUGCCACACACGGAAAAAGCAGACCAUGAAGAGCUGUGUGAGUUUAGGCCUUAUUCAUGUCCAUGUCCUGGUGCUUCAUGUAAAUGGCAAGGUUCGCUGGAUGCUGUAAUGCCACAUUUGAUGCAUCAGCAUAAGUCCAUAACAACGCUACAGGGAGAAGAUAUAGUUUUCCUUGCUACAGACAUUAAUCUUCCUGGUGCUGUUGACUGGGUUAUGAUGCAGUCUUGUUUUGGCUUUCAUUUCAUGUUAGUCUUGGAGAAACAGGAAAAAUAUGAUGGUCACCAGCAGUUCUUUGCUAUUGUACAGCUGAUAGGAACACGCAAGCAAGCAGAAAAUUUUGCUUAUCGACUUGAGCUUAAUGGUCAUAGGCGGCGAUUGACUUGGGAAGCAACUCCUCGAUCUAUUCAUGAGGGAAUUGCAACAGCCAUUAUGAAUAGUGACUGUCUAGUCUUUGACACCAGCAUUGCACAGCUCUUUGCAGAAAAUGGCAAUUUAGGCAUCAAUGUAACUAUUUCAAUGUGUUGAAAUUGCAAGCAAACAUUUUCAGGCCAGUGUUUAAAACCAUUGCAUUUAAUUUUGCAGAAACUAGGGUAACUAUCUUUGACUGCCAGACAUAAACUAUUUGAUAGAGGGAGGCUAGACAUAUAUGAAGGUAAAUAAAAGGAAAGGCUGUUAAAUUACGGAAGCAGUUGCAUGUAGUAACACUAAUAUAUUUAAAAUAAGUCAACAGUAAACCACUGAAAAUAUAUAUACACCCAAAAUGGGCAUCUUUUGUAUUAAGAAUUGAUUCUACAGGAAAUGUUGUAAAAUAGUUCUAAAAACUUGUUUGUAGAUUGAUUGUACUGUUGAAAAGGAUACUGUUGUGUUUUUUUUGUUUUGUUUUUUCCUUUGACUGACAAGCCAUGUUGAGCAGUCUGGUCUCUUGCCGCUGCUUUUUCCCCUUAAGUCACUACAUAGUAUUGCUGCUGUUUGUGUAUAUUUUUUGUGUAUUUGCUAAUUUUUAUUAACUUCUAGUUUUUCAUUAAAUAAAUAUGACUUUCUUUUCUGUAAUUCAGGUUUUCCUCCUUUUUGUACCUUUUAAAAAAUUAAUUGCAGGUGUCAUCUUUUGGUAUGCAUAAUUGCUUAUGGUAAAACUUAUACUUCUGUAAAUUUGGUAAGUUUGUCUCUCCCCAGUAGUCAAUUCAUUGGUGAUACUGUCCUUAAUUCAGCUAUUUUGUGAAUGUAUUCAACUCUAAAGGAGCAAUUACAUUGGAAGAAUUAUCAGAAAAACAGCUCCUAGAUGAUGAUGUGCUUUGUUAUACCUUCUAACAAAACGGAUGAGUUACUAAGUAACAUCAUAAUUAAAUAAGCUGAAAAUUCAGGCAUACUUUUCAAAUUUAGACACAAACUCACAGUUGUGUUUUGGUUUUGCAGUACAAGAAGGCAUUAUAUUAUGCAGUAUUUGUAAUUAUAAAAACAGGCCAUUUAAAAAAAAAGAAGGCAGUCUCAGAAUAAGAUGUUUUGGUCUUUUUAUAAUUUUGUCAUUAAAAGAAUACCUGGCAAACAAAGAACUCUUGGUUUUUGCUUUAGCACCAAGUUUGACUAAUACUAUAACUCAACUUUACUGGUUUGGUAUCCUUCAUCUGAUUGUUACUAGAGAGAACCUAGUUAAUUUUCCUUAAUCAUAUAAGUCUUGUAUAUCAUCGCAUUGUGUUAUUGACAUGAACUGUGUACACCCAAAGGCCCACACAAUUCUCAUGCCUUUAAAUGCAAAGGUGGUAUAUUGGGCCUUUUGCAGGUUGCCUGCAAAUGUGAGAAAUUCACCUUGAAUGUAUGUCUGUAUACAGCACUGAGCUAGUUAAUGUAAACAGGAAACAAUGUAAAAGAACUAUUAAAUCUCAAACUACUUUAAAGAUGUCUCUUUGCUGAAUUUGGUAGCUGUGUACAUAUGCUAUUGGGAGAAAUAGGAUGGAUAUUAACUACUUUUUUAUAACAGUAAAGUACAGUUUAUUUACUAUAUAUAAGCUUGUCUUAACAUUCUUGUUGGAGAUUGAUCCAUGUUAAGACAACUCAUUAAGUUAUUUUAGGUUGACUAGGUAAGUAGUCAUACAAGCAAGGAAUGAACCAGGAUAGAUUUACUAGACCAGCCAAUACAGGAAUAGUUAUUUUAUAUAGAUAAAGUAGUAAGCUUUCAGAAACUUAAAAGAAAAUUGUGAUGUUACACUUUUCAAGAUUA